GCAGAAGGUUGGCUGGGGCACUGGGCGCCGAGCGCGAGGGCACCGCGCAGACGGGACGGAGCAGGUGCAGAGGGAGUGACGAUGGUCGAGAUGGCCGGGACCGCUUGAGCAGCGGCAGGAGGGUGGGCGUGUUGCGGGUGCUCGGUACGGUGGGAAACGGGCACGGAGAGGGAAGACGGGAGGAGGAGGGAGAGCAGGGCGAAGAGCGCGCAAGAACCGCCGUCCAACGUCGCAGAACCCUAACCCAGAGGCGCCAAGAUGACUUUUGGUAAGAUGGAUUAGGGCAUGGCGUAGACGAGGGGCAUGGCAUGCAGCAGGGGUACCAGGGCCUGGUAGCGCAAGCCACCACGGCGGCCCACUGCUCCACACACACGGACGAUCCCACGACUCCUUGCUGCCGACCUGCCACCACCUGCCCUUGUCGGCCGCCCUGCGACGGCUGCUCGGCGCACGCUGGCGUCGAGGCAGCGAGCCCGCUGCAGCACGCGCGAUGCAUCGCUGCGCUUGAGCUGCAGCUGAUGGCACUGUUCUCUGUAUACAUGUACCCCAGAUGUUCUUUGGCACGCGGCCGUCGCAGGAGGAGCUUCCAUCCCCGGCAUGCCGGUUCUUUCAGCUGGGAGGUGGCGGCAACGGCCAUGGCCCAUGAUGCAUUCCAUUCCUCCCAAACAUGUGCGCUGGCAGACAGACGCGUCGUGUGUGCUGCAGUGCCGCGGAAGGCUGCUGCUCGCGCUUGUUCCCGUCCGGUUGAAACGCGGCAGCCAGCAACGCUGCAACAUCAGCACGCCUUCGAACGGCUGCAGAACCCCUCCCAGACUCAGCGCGGAGCUACUCAUUUUGUUUUGGUCCAGAAUAACCACGAUGACCUCGUUCCGGCGCGCCCUAGUGUUUAUAUUUCGCCGAUCGGGGCUCUGCGUCGCCUCGCCCACAAGACGCCGUUGAGGCUAGCGCCAGGCAGAGAACAUCCACCCGCCUCUCCGGAGCGCCUGUCGCCAUCUGCGCUUGGUGCCGCAUCCGUCAGCCUGAUGCGCAGAUUCUGCUGCUCCGCGACGAACGUCUGCCAGCCACCAGAGGGACGCCAGGAACACCAGCCCGCUGGCCGUAGAUGCCCGCCUCCUCCAGACAGGCGCAGUGGGCGGCUUCAUUCUACGACACGCACGCCGACAGCCACUCAUCGGCGUGGGCAGCGGCCUUGCGGGCGGAUCGCUCAGCUUCCCGCUGACCAGGCCCAAAGAACGCUACUGGCGAGGGCGACGGAGGCCAUGCCACGGCUGGUGUGCACGGCGUUUGGAGCCCGCCUGUAUAAGGGGCAUGCCGGGGUAGCACGCAGCAGCAGAGAGAGGAGGCGCCGGCCCGCUUGCCACGCUGCACUGCGCCAGUCGAGGCGGUGAUGUGGGUGCGUCGUGUCUCGGGGGCGCUGCAGCACGAGGAGCGGCAGCCCACAGUGGAC